UGGCAGCUGCUCAGCAGCUGAAGGGUGACCCCAGCACAAACACGUGGUUGCAUCAUGAGGUUUCCACCAAAACUGGUUUCUGCCAACCUGAAACUACAGUUCCUUUGGCUGUAACUGGUCUUGGUCCUGCAGAACUACUUCACACCUGCAUCCUGGAGAUGAACCAGCCCUGAUGGCUCCUGAGGAUCCCUUUGUCCACCUGUGUUUGGUUUGUUGGGGCAGGUUUGAACGUGUCCCAAAUCCCGGGAGUGAUCUGAGCUUGGAUAAAGGUCUCGGUCCUGAAUCACAUUUCAGGUGAAGAUUUUUCCUGGAGUUUGGCUCUCCUAUCUUCUGGCUGUGUCUGGAAGAGGCCCUACAUCAAUUCUGAUUCCCAGUGGAAUCAUGAGCAGGGAUGGUGUUUGGAAUCAGCCUUGGGGAAUCUCCAGAAGAAAGAUCUCCAAACUGGAGAUGGCCAAACUGACCCCCAUGGCCAGAGUGGAUGUGGCUUUUUGUUUUAUGCAACGAAAUAGGUUGUGAAACUCCUCCUCAAUCCCUGGAAUCCACCUGCUUGUGGAAGGAUGUGGACAAGAGCUGGGAAGCAGCCUGGAAGCUCCUCACCCAUUUAUCAGUCGAUGGGGGUGCUGAGAAACUGAGCCAGCGAAACUCACGCCCGUUGAUCUGCACCACGAGGGCGGUGAUAGCAGGGAAGCCUUGGCUGCUCUCCUACCUGAAUGGCUGCUAAAAAUAGGACUGAACUCACCACCAGGGUAUAAAAAGGCACCUCCCAGGAGAGCCUGGGAUCCCUCAGCACCCGUGGCCCAGGAGCUCGUCUUGAGCGGUGUCCAAAGGAGCAGAAAUAAUGAUGGAAAGGUAAAAACCAACCCAGCAAAUCACCAAUGCUGUGGUCAAGCAACACUCGGGCUCCAGCUGAGGAGAUGUCCCAGUGGGAUGUAGGGGGGCAGCCGUUGGGCAAGAUCCUCUCUCUGGACAGGAGAGAGGCCAAGAAAGUGCUGGAGAUUUAUGUCAAGCGCUCACUGAGCUGCCAUGAAAACUCACUGGUGGCCAAAAAACCCCUUCAGGAGAAGGACAGAGGGCGAGGGAGGAAAACAGACGGGCUACAACGGUCAGAAAGUGAUUUCUACACCUACUCAUGUGCCAAACCCAGCCCCAGGAAGGACCAGGAGGAGAGACUCAAAGCACCAGACCUGGAGGAGACUUUGGGUGAUGACAGCAAAGCUCCCCAGGAGGUGCCUAAAGAGGGGCUGAAAGCCAAGAGGAAAAGCAGAAAAAACUCUUCCCAGGGCAAACCACAGCGCUCGGGCUCAAAACCAGCCUGGCUGAAAGGUUUCCUAAACCUCUUCGUGAAGAAGAGCCCUGAGGACCAGAAGGAAAACACAGGGCAAAAAGCAAAGGAGAAAGAUGUCAAAGCUCCUCAGGGCUCCAAACCAGAAGGAGCCAAAAAACACAGAGUGGACUCCAGCACAUCCCCAGCGCUGGGCAGAGCCCUGAAGAAGAAACCCAGCCUCAAGAAGGUUUUCUCCCUGAAGAAGCACGGGGAGGAGGAGCCGGGAUCUGGGCCCAGGAGCAAACGGCCCAGCUGCCUUCCUCUGCGGCACGUGCUGGCCCCAGCCCAGCCAGCAGAGGCAGAGCAGCCCGAUGGAUGCUACACCCAGGUGCCCCAGGAGGUCGUGCAGGGCAGAGAGAGCCAGGGGGACACUGCAGGAGGGUGUGGGGAGCCCCCAGAGCCCCCCAGCACCGACGGGGUUGAUGAAGCCAUCAAGAGAAUUGUUGCUCUGCUCCGGAGUGCAGGAGAUGAGCUGGACAGGGAGGUGAGGGAGGACGCGCGGCUGCAGCUCUUCUUCAGGGACAUGUCCUACAGCUCCUUCAAGAACCUGGCUGAUGCCUACGUGCAGAGGGAGCUGACAGCCAGCAGGCCCAACGUGGACCUCCAGGAGAUCCAGUUUGCCUACACGGUCCAUCUCACGGCCACGGUGGCGGGGAUCUGCAGCCAGGCAGUGAACAGGAUCAUGGGCUUCGGCACCCGCUACCUGGACGAUUCCUUUGCACCCUACGGCAAAAUUCUGCAGCAGAAGAGAGAAAAGCUCAGGACAGACCACUGUGACAGCCCAGACUGACAGCGGACACUGUGGUGCCUGGGAAGCCAAGGAUGAACAUUUGUGGUGGGAGGACAAUCCCUGAUGGUGACCUGGAUGUGGGGUAACCUUCUGAGCUGUGGAUUUAAAAUCUUUUCAGGAGAACCAGCACUGUGAAAUGCUUGAACCCCACCUGGCUGGGGGUGAAAAGUCAGUAAAUCAAACAGAGCCCACAUUUCACCCUGUAUUUGUAUUUUACCUCCUGCCAAGUGCUUGUGUUGAACCUCAGGGGUUGUUGCUGUUUGUGCAUAUGUAUUUAUUUACCUGCUUUUCUAAAUGUUUUUGUGAAUGUACAACAUAAUUUUUGUAGUUUCUUCUACCAGCCAAGGAUUCAGUUUGAAAAAAAAUUCUAAAACUCAAAUAAAUUGGUGCCUAAAUGCCA